CGCGUCGUUCCCUUCUCUUCACAAUGCAGUGAAUCCCUUGCGACCCGACCUCCCGACCCCAAGGCAUAAAUUGUACGAGACAAUAGUCACGGAGAUAUCCAAUAGCCUUGUAUUGACGAAGCGCAACAUAAUUUCCUCACUCUACCCCUCCAAAAACUCGUUCAACAACAUGGCCGAUGGCAAAGAUUCCCUCCGUCUAGCUCCCGAUGAAUUCAAGCAGCUCGAGGUUCUCCGAAACCGAUUCCAUCAACUUACUCACAGUUUGAACAGCCUGUUUAAUGAUAUCCAGCGAAGCCAGCCUCUCCCAAGUCAGGAGUCCCUCACAGCCUCAGCAGCCAUUCUCCAAAAGAGUCUCGAAACUAUCCAAAAGCUCGCAGACGAAAACUCCGACUUGUUCCAACGCAUCGUCGUCCACCCAUCGACAAACUUCCCUGGGCGCACUCAGGAACACAUCCUUCUGCAACUACUCAGAAAGAAACUCGAGCCGGAAGUCGAGAGCUGGGUCGAAGAUGCGCGUAGCGUAGCAAAGGCCUCUGGUUUGGACCCGAGCAAACUGGCCAGCUCCCAACAGAGGAGCAACGACUACGACGAUGACGACGACGACUACCGAGACGAAGAGGAGGACGCGCCCUCGGACCCGUUCAACGAACAGUGGGCCGAUAUGUUUCAGGUCAGCAUGGACAGCAUCAGGGAUUACCUCAUGAACCAAGCCAACGAGCCCUAUACGAUCGCCGAGCGCGAGAUGGGCAUUGAGAAUGUGCGCACCGGUCUGAAGCGAUCACUUGAGGAGGAGGACAGCGAGGAAGAAGACGAGGACGAGGACGAGGACGAAGACAGAUCGCUUGCUACCGCUGGGCUCGGCAACAUCAAUGCGGCGAAUCUGUUCCAUCCAGAGCAUGUCCUCUGGCUUGCUUCGAGGGGCAAUAUGAAGGUCCCGAAGAAUGUUGACCUGGAGGCCAUACGCAAGAGAGAGAAACCUAGGGGGCGUCCGGCUCCCGCACAGUGAGCGAACAGGAUAAUCUCAAGCCAGCUCCGUGUGUGAUCCGGGGAAACACCAAUGGCAAUCUCUGCGAUCUAUUGCUUCCCAUGAGCUGGGAGCAAUAAACCCAAUGCGCGGAUUACAUCUAAGGGGCAAUUCUUUGGCAGAAGCCUCGGCUGCUGAGCCAACCGAUUUUCGAUGCCUUGGACAUGGAGCAUGAGCUGUUUUUUAGACAGGUUUUGCUUCUGCCGUGUUCAUAUGCUACGAUUCGCAGGUGCUAUUUUCUUCUCCAGUUGGUUGGAGCAUCCAAGUCCGGAAAGACAGGAAAGACACUUCCAGCACGGUGAUGGCGGGUCCAUGGUGUUGUUGGUUGGUAGCAACCGCCGACUCCCCCGUACCCACUGCAACAGCUCCUGCGUUUUGGUAGCCGACGAUGACAGCGUUUCCUGCAGUGUGACUGUGCCCUUUGUGACCCAAUCACAUUUUUCAGCCGCUUGUUGCAACCCGCCUAUCAUAUGCCGGGAGGGCGGUCUUAUUGAGGAUAUUGUUUGGGACUGCAGCAACAAGCUGGAAGUCCCUGAGCUCCAGAACCAUUUGACUGACACGUAUCAAUCAAUAAUAGACGGUACCUCGAACGAGCUUCUGAAGAGAGGUCGAUAUAUUCAACCCACCUGACGUUGGCUUUGGUUUCCUGACUGCUACGCUGGAGAAAGUUUGGAUCUAGCCGGGGAGGUUAGAUUUUCACUAUCGGCCGAGCUUAACUUGGGAAAACGAUACGUUCUACGGUGCAAAGGGUUUACGGUAAAGUGGGUUUACCACUAGUGUGCUCGGCCUGUUAGUCUCACGAUAAGCUGGCUGACACAGCGCCCACCUCCAUACAGGCCAGUAUCAAUAGCAUUUAAGAUGGUGAUGGCAUCCGUCGCUACUCUGGCUCGACGGCAUGGCCUGCUGUGUCGGUCCAACAUGCACGCCACCACGCCGUAUCGGGACUCGGCUUUCGGCUCUUCGUAUGCUUCGAGCAGGCUCGCAUGCUAUUUGCGGGCCAUCCCGAGCUGAUAAAACCAAUGGAAAGCGUGGUCAAAGGAUAGAAGCUUAGUGAAAACGGUAGUCAGGAUGACAAUGAUAAUGAUUGAUAUAUUUCAUCCAAACGCCGG